GCAGGAAAAGGGCUAAAAUGGCAACACUGAUUGGAAGAGGUUAUUUCAAAAAAUAUUAUUCUUAGAGUGCAGGACUUUCCUUGCAUAGUGGACGAAAUAUGCUCCAUAUUUCCCAGUGAAGUUAAUAUGCAGGACUAUUACUUCAUUUCGAGGCAAGGAAAAAACAAUCCGUCUGGAAGGUUGUAUUCAAAGUAUAAAAACCAAAAAUCGAAGCACCGAAAGGUUCAAGGUUUAUCUGAGCCGUCUGAGAGCAAAGAUAAAAACUAUGCUAACAGAUCGAUUGUCCAAACUCCAGAAGUUGAUGAGUCGGUUUCCGAAGCAUAUAAAACAGCCUUAAACAGAGACUGUGCGGAUUGGGCCGAAGUUUGCGACAAAUGGAAGAAAACCUUUCAUUUAAGGCAGCGAGACCUAUGUAAUUUGAGUCCUUUGGAUUUUUUUCAAGCUUGGUCAAAAUUGUCACAUGCACAGGCUUCUGAUUUUGUAUGAAAAAACGUUUAUUUGUUUUUCGUAGUGAUUUUAUUUAUCCAUUUUUAUGGUAACAUUUUAUUACAAUUUAUGGUAACUCAGAAUGGAAUACCUGGAAUAAACCUUGUACUUUCCGUUUGAAAUUUACGGAUUGAAAUUGAUUUUCAGUUCAUGUAUCCUGAGAAAACACAUUUAUUCCUUGCUAAGUGGGAAACUUUUAAGGCAAAAAUUAUUAAUUACUAUGAGAAAAACAUAAGCAACGAAUACUGUAGGCAAAUACUUUCUACAGCUAAAUCGUCAAAUAAUAAAGAUAUAUAAAAUAAAAUUUUAAUUCAUUUCAUUUCAAUUCAAAUAU